GCCGUGAUCGUCGUGCAACAAGAGACUGUUAAAAAUUAUAAGACAUUUUUUAUAUUUAUUCUCCUUGGAGAGGGUGGUGUGACUGGUGUCAGUGUGAGUGAUGCUGUGUUAUCUGCGCAACUCGAAAUUGCAACAUGUGUCAGCCGGUCAGCUCCAUCGCUAUGUACAUAUGACCACGAUUAAACCGUGCAUACGACUAUACGACUCAUUCGGUCCUACCUCCUACGGAGUACGAGUACAGCGUCUGCCGUCCGCCAUAGUCGUGCUACACCUGUUUAUGUAAUAAUUUUACUUCUUUGAUCUUUUUCUCAGAUUUAGUGUUAGUUUUAAUUUUUACACUUUCUUUGAACAAAAUUGAUAUUCCUUUACGAAUCUACGCUCCAAUUGCUCUCCCCGACGUCGAUACAGCUGAACGACCAAAGUUGACGAUUUUUUAAUCAUCCAGUUCUCGAAUCUGGCUGCUGUUAAACCAUAACACAGAAACAAAACAAAAAACAAUAAUGUCUUCAAAGAAACAAACUUGCAGUAGAAGAGUUAAUGGUAAGGGGAAAUCAGCUAGAAAAGGUAAAGAAUCAGAUCAACCAUUUUUCAAUGAUGAUUGUGAUAGCACCAAAGUCGAACUUGACACUCCUAUAAAUGAACUUGCAUCAAAAAAUGAUGAACUUAAACCUACAUUUUGGUUCAUGGCUAGACUUUUCAUACUCCAGGCAAAUGAAGAAGAUUUAAAAUGGUUAGAAAAAUUAAUAAAAGACUAUGAAAAUAAAAGUGAUCGUAAAACAUCACAAGUAACAAGCGACACACCUGCAGAAAAUAAUAAAGAUGAAGUUAUGGUAAAAAACAUGUUGAAAAUGAAGCUAAGAAUGCAUAAUAGAAAUACAAUGUCAGGUCUUUGUAACAAUAAAAAUGGAAUGGAAUAUAUAAUAGAAGAUUUCAAGGGAAAGCAACUAACAGUUUCAAGAGAAACACUGCAAUUAUACUUGCAUAAUAGUCAUAAUAAUAAUGAUGUUGAACCAGAAAUAGCCGUCCACCCUUCAAAUGAAACUCAAGCUAAAAAAAUCAGUUAUGAGUUCAUUGCAAGAUUAAUUGACUGGGAUGAAAUGUUUAGUCAUUUAAAAGGAAUACACCCAAAACAAAUUAAUGAUUAUGUAAUUAAAUGCCGUGAAGACGGUUGUCUUGAAAAAACUAUAGCUAAACUAGAAAAAAUGGAUAUAAAGAUUUUAAGCUCUAAAAGGAGAGGCAAUUAUUCUCUUAAAAAGGAAAGGAAAACUGCAUUAUUGUAUAGAGAACUCCAGGAUAUCCGUUUAAUAUUAGAAAAAUUCAACUCUUUUGCUCUCGAAAAGCGGCAUCCAUACUUUAUGUUCCAUUAACAUUUAUGAUAAUUUAUAUUGAAUUUUAUGUUAUAGAUUUAAAUAUUAUAAGUGGUUUGAUUAAAACUACAAUAAGAAUAAUAUUAUAUACUAUAUACUUGGUUGAGUUUUAGUUUUCAAUUAUAAUCCUUAUAAUUAUAUUUAAAAUAGUACAUUACAUUUUACAUUCCAAAGGGAGAUUUCUCUCAUUUCCUCACAUAAUAUUUUUGUAUAAUUUCUUUAAAAAUAGUAGAUAGGUAAUAAUAUUGCUUUUUGCAGCUAUAGGCUAUAACUCCAUGUGUGAUCCACCUGGUCAAUCAUUUUAUGUUUUAACAGUAUAUUAAUUGAUUCUAGCUACACAAUUUUAUUUUAAUCAAGUUAGUACCUAGUAGUUUUAUUUUUAAUUUUGUGGACUAUGGACUAAGAGUUAUAUCAAUAUAUAAUAAAAAACUGAUAAUUAGAUUUUUUUUUUAAUAAAAUACUUUGUCAUUUUAAUAAA